CUCACUAUUGUCCCAGUGAAACACGUGUUUGGCCAACAUUUGUUCCGCGGUGGAGAACACCUCGAUGACGUCACACAGGAGGAAGAACAAAACAAGAUGGCGUCUGACGGAGAAUACGUUGUUUUGGUUAUUAUGGUUUCUUGGUCUUAAUUACAACGUACAUGUGCACAUGUGUGUCGUUUAACAGAGUAAACGUCGUUAUUAAUUGUUUGUAUGCGGAUACAUUAGUCUGAGUGCACUUUGACGUGCUAGCCUAGCCUGCUGGUUAGCUUAGCUUGUUAGCUGCUAACAAAGAGAGGCGGAAGUGAUCGACACAUCAAAGCAGAGAUCCAAUACGUCUGUGAAGAACAUCUUUACCCUGAGCAACAGAAGUGGAGCUUCACAAUGGAGCCACAGCCCUCCCACAAUAAAAAGGAAGAGAAACACCCACUGAUCCCCCAUUUUAAAGAGGAAGAGGAUGACCCACUGACCACUCACAUCCAAGAGCAAAAGCAGGACCCACUGCUCCCCCAUUUUAAAAAGGAAGAGGAGGACCCACUGACACCCCAUUUUAAAGAGGAAGAGGAGGACCCACUGAAACCCCAUUUUAAAGAGGAAGCGGUGAAUCCAUUGAGCCCUCACAUUAAGGGGGAAGAGGAGGACCCAUUGAGCCCUCACAUUAAAGAGGAAGAGGAGGAACACAGCAUCAGUCAGCAGGGAGAGCAUCUUGAAGGACUGGAGGAGGUUGAUGUCACCAAGAUGCCAGUGACUGGUGUCCCUGUGAAGAGUGAAGAUGAUGAGGUCAAAGGUGAGAGUGAGGAGAAGAGAGAGGCGGAGCCUCCAAGCAGCAGCUCAACUCAACACAUGACAACAGAAGCUGAUGGAGACCACUGUGGAGGAUCACAAGCAGACAAGCUCUUAGCUCCACUAUCAGAUAGUGAGGACACAACGUCACACUCUCCUGACACUGAUGAUGAAGACUCUAAAGAUGAUAAGACAUGUCACACUGACAACACACACUUCACAUGUUCUCACUGCGACAAAACUUUUAAAUCUAGUAAUUUGAAAAGACACAUGAGAACACACACUGGAAAAAAACCUUUUUCAUGUUCAAUCUGCGGUAAAGAUUUUACUCAUAGGCACGAUUUGAAAAUACACAUGAGAAAACACACUGGAGAAAGACCUUUUUCCUGCUCAGAAUGUGGUAAAAGGUUUGUAAAAAAUCAAAGUUUAAAAUCACACAUGAGAACACACACUGGUGAAAAACCUUUUUCAUGUUCAAUCUGCGAUAAAGAUUUUACUCGAAGGGAGCAUUUGAAAAUACAUAUGAGAAUACACACUGGAGAAAACCCUUUUUCCUGCUCAGAAUGUGGUAAAAGUUUUGUAAGAAAUCUAACUUUAAAAGAACACAUGAGAACACACACUGGAGAAAAACCUUUUUUAUGUUCAAUCUGCGGUAAAGAUUUUACUCAUAGUCAACAUUUGAAAAGACACAUGAGAACACACACUGGAGAAAAACCUUUUUCAUGUUCAAUCUGCGGUAAAGAUUUUACUCAAAAGCACCAUUUCAAAGCACACAUGAGAAUACACACUGGAGAACAACCUUUUUCCUGUUCAACCUGCGGUAAAGAUUUUACUCGAAGGGACCAUUUCAAAAAACACAUGAGAAUACACACUGGAGAACAACCUUUUUCAUGUUCAAUCUGCAGUAAAGAUUUUACUCGAAGGGACCAUUUCAAAAAACACAUGAGUACACACACUGGAGAAAAACCUUUUUCCUGCUCAGAAUGUGGUAAAGCUUUUGUACGAAGAAGCACUUUGAAAAGACACAUGAUAACACACACAGGUGAGAAAGUGUUGAGUUGCAGUGUGUGUGGUGAAAGAUUCUCUUCUAAGUACCAGUGUAAGAAACACAAGUGUGCUGGUGAGAACAGCAGCAGCAAAUGAAGAUGCAGGAUUUGAAAUAAACCGUCAAAACUUUUAACUUUGACAUUCUAACAACAUCAGCACAUAGAUUCUAACAUUUAUAGUGGCGUGGCGAAGUUAGUAGAGUGGCCGUGCCAGCAAUCGGAGGGUUGCUGGUUACUGGGGUUCAAUCCCCACCUUCUACCAUCCUAGUCACAUCCGUUGUGUCCUUGGGCAAGACACUUCACCCUUGCUCCUGAUGGCUGCUGGUUAGUGCCUUGCAUGGCAGCUCCCGCCAUCAGUGUGUGAAUGUGUGUGUGAAUGGGUGAAUGUGGAAAUACUGUCAAAGCGCUUUGAGUACCUUGAAGGUAGAAAAACUUAUACAAGUAUAACCCAUUUAUCAUUUAUAAUUAUAGAUUAUAUAUUUUAGAUUAUUGCUUUUUUCAGUCAAGUACAUGUUUUAAUAUACAACAUUGUGUACUUUUAUUUAAAAAUUAACACAACACGUUGACUGUAAAGGUGAGAAUAAACAGGACAAAACAUGUUACAAAUACUUUUUAUGUGUAUAGAGAUAUUCAGAAAUCAUUUUUAAUUAUUAAUGAUGUCAUAGAUGAACUCCUUUAUAUGAUGUACAUAUUUGUUUUACAUGUGUUCAUUCCUUUGCUUUUGAGUACACAUAAAUCCCUCUUAGUUCAUAUUUACUGGUUCACAUCUGAAACAUCUUCUGGACCACUUCUGGAAGCAUAUUAUUAUUUACUUUAUACAUCAUUUGAACAGUUGUGUUUUAUACAAGAUCAUUUACUUUUAAAAUGUGUGACUUUAUGAAUCAUUGGUUGGGUCUCAACAAUCCAUUCUUUUAAUUAUCUUUAUUACUCUCUUUUGUAAUAUGAAUAUUGUUUUAUAUGUAUGUCCCCUUUAUGCAAUACGUAGAUUAGAGAAAAUGGCAACAUUAUAUGUGGAAGCUUCUGAAGAAUAGUUGUGUUUUUAAUCAUCUACAUUUCUAAUUAAAAAACUACACAUGACAAUUGUUUUUUUAAAGUUGUUCAUGAU